AUGCCGCCAUGGCGAACGCACGCCGCGUUUGUGUUCUUGUUUCGUAUCCGCUUUCUCUCUUAUGUCGGCUCCGCCGAGCGCUGCAUAGAGACCAUCUUCACUGACCGACAGAAGAAGAACGACGGCGAAGCGCCGUACUCGGUCUCCUUCACCGCCACGCAGAACGGCGACGUCAUCGUCCAGCUGCACCCGCACUCGCAGCUCGAGCGCGCUCGGGCUUCCUCCGCCGACUCGUCCGGCUACGACACCGAUUUACCGGACGAGGUGCAGCAAGAGGCUGUACGCAAGGUCUGCGGCGCGCUCGGCAUGAGGGAGCAGUUCGAGGCGGCGAUGGCGGCGGGCGAGCUGCUCGAGAUGCUCGAGAGCUUGCCGCGAGGGGCGGUCGAGGCCUCCGUUCGGCUGAUGCGCGGUUACAACCGCACGGGCGAGUGGCCAGAGCCCAUUCUCACCAGCCCUGCCCCGCAGCGCGGCCGCUCGCCAAGCCCCGUCGAUGAGUGGUCAGAUGGUUAG